UUUGUUUGUGGGAGGCAAUGGGACCUUGACUCUUAGGUUGGGUUUGUCUUCCCCUUUCUGGUCGAUACAGUUCUUCAAGGCUACUUUUGUAGCAAUUUGAGAAUCUAAAGGAUCAGCUUCCAGUGGAACCCAAAGAGGAAGGAGCUCCUGGCUGUGGCUAGACUCCCAAUGGAUUCAUCGGAUGUUAAUCCAACCCGGACUCAGGAUUCUCAAAUGUUCGUUGAGGAAAAUUCCCAGGAAACGCCGGCUGCUUCUCAACCUGUCUAUGAUGUGUUAAUACAGAACCUCAGUAACUUGACUCUCAACCCAAGGACAAAAUUUCUAUCCAUAAAAUCAGAAAAUCGACCUCAACCGACUAUCCGGAGGCUUGGUGAAGGCAUCCCACCUCAACCAACUGGCCGGAGACUUGGUGAAGGCAUCAUUCCUAGGAGGAAAGGGGUGAGGACGUUGUUAAGUGUUCGGAGAGAAAGGAUGGAAUGGAUGAUUCGGUAUUUCAAAAACCGCUAUGGCAAAACUCAGACAAAAUCAGGAGAGCAGCGAUUUCGGUGCACCUGUACUUAUUGCCUGUAUAAUAGAGAUCCUGCUGAGGAUAAUUAUGAAAAUAAUUACGACAGUAAUUAGGAUGACGGUGAUGACAGUAAUUCCAAGGCUGAGUAGGUUGAGCCCACAACCUCGUUCUUGUACUAUUUUUUUCUCACUUGUAAUUGUAGAAUGAUCAUGAAGCAACUUAGGAAAGAUUGUGUACCAAUAUUUAGAUAACCUAGUAAGUUCUGUGAUACCUUUUUUCCUGCAUCUCUUUUUCUACCUCCUUAAUACAGGUUACUAUGAGGAAUCUAUGUAGGAUGCAUUUGAAUGACUUGACUGUACUUUAGUCCCACUUUGAUUUGACACAAAGAAGCACUAUUUCGUCUCAGGUUUUGCCUCUUUUGGCAGCCCCAAGUCUAGAAGAUGAAACCCAGUAUCAAGAAUGUGAAGCAAAUUAAUUUGUGUGGAAGGAAUCUAAAGAAAAUGUUGGGUAGUUUGGCUAGAACAUUAUUAGAGCAGCUAUUGCAUUGUUAGAAAAAAUGUUGAUAUACUGUUCUAAUUUUCAGUAGCAAAUAUAUUGUAUAUAGAGGAUGAUCUUAUUAAAACCUGAGAGAUUUGAGUAUCUUUAAAUAAAAUUAUUGUUCUUAUUUUA